CUAUGGGAACAAAAUUGACAGGAAAAAGCGAGCUGGAAAAUAAGUAUCGUGAUGCUGUUCAUGUUUAUGGAAACAUUGUUGYAUAUAGAAUGGCAAGACCUUGGUACAUUUACGAUACUACAUUUCAAUUUACAAAAAUAGGAAGACUACAAAAAGAAACGUUGAAAACAUUGCAUAGUUUUUCAAGAAAUAUAAUUGCAGAAAGGAAACAUUUUCACGAACAAACUAAUGGGGAAUAUUUGAAAAUCUUUGAAAAUUUGGAUGAGGAUGACGUUCCUAAUGACGGUCCAGAAAAGGAAAAUAARUAUUUUCAGGCCAAGAAAAGGUUUUCUAUGUUAGAUCUGCUUAUAGCCGCAUCUUGGAACGAUAAUCAAAUAGAUGAGGAAGGUAUUCGAGAAGAAGUUGAUACUUUCAUCUUUGAAGGCCACGAUACUACCGCAAGUGCACUGACCUUUGCUUUGAGUCUGUUUGCAAAACACAAAGAUGUCCAGGAAAAUAUAAGAGAUGAGGUAAAAACGAUAAUGCAGGAAGAUAAUAAUAUAACAAUAGCGUCGCUUAAAAAACUUUCAUAUUUGGAGAGAUGUUUAAAAGAAUCGCUUCGUUUGUAUCCAAGCGUCCAUAUAAUAUCUCGUGAAAUUCCUCACGAAAUGCAGCUAAAACACUAUUUAAUUCCAUCUGGUAGUAUAUGCGAGGUGAUCAUUUACCACGUGCAUAGAAAUCCGGAAUUUUGGCCAAAUCCAAAUAUUUUCGAUCCGGACAGAUUUUUACCGGAGAAUAGUAAAGGACGUCAUCCCUAUUGCUACAUACCAUUUAGUGCUGGCCCGAGAAAUUGUAUUGGUCAAAAAUUUGCAAUGCUUGAGCUUAAACUCUUUGUAGCUUUUAUAUUGUACAAUUUUGAGUUAGAACCGGUGGAUGAACUAGAUGAUGUUACUUUUUCGGCAGAUUUGACUUUGAACACGUCUAAACCACUUCGAGUCAAAUUUAUACCUAUUCGAUAGAUACCUUUACAGAAAUUAUGCUUUAUACAAUAAAUUUAUAGUAAUUAAAAAAAAAAAAUUUAUAGAUCUAGAAAA